CGCACCAAAAAUAAUAUGUCAAGUGGUUAAAUUUAUUAUUUGUCUUUUGGGCCAUGAACCAUUUCCAGUCCAAAUAUAAAGUGCUAGAAAAAAUAGGCGAGGGCUCAUUUUCGGACGUUCUAAAAUGUGAAAAUAGAGAAACAAAAGUAUGUUAUGCAGCAAAGAGGCUCAAAAACACAUAUCGAUCUGAGGCAAGUAUACAGGCAUGCGCAGAGAUAGUUGCUGCGCAGAAGAUACCGAGUCAUUCCAAUGUUGUCAACAUGUUAGAGUACCACUAUGACAUAUACACGGGGAAACUGACGUUCAUCUUUGAACUUAUGGAUAUGAGUAUGCAUGAUUACCUUAAAACAAAGCGUAGGGGAUUAUCAGAACAUAGAGUUAAGUUCUAUUUGUAUCAAAUACUGAAAGGAAUUGAGCACCUCCACAAACACGGAUUAUUUCACAGAGACAUAAAACCUGAAAACAUUCUUAUUAAGUUUCCAUCUAUCCUCUACGCUCCACUGUCUCAAACUAGUUCAGAAGAAAUAGUUAAGGUAGGCGAUUUGGGAUCUGUCAGAGGAAUUUUCAGCUCUCCUCCAUAUACAGAGUAUAUAUCCACCAGAUGGUAUAGAUCACCAGAAUGUCUCCUCACUGUUGGUAAUUAUGGUCCCAAGAUGGAUGUGUGGGCCACUGGUUGUGUCUUCUUCGAAAUGCUGACCUUGCGGCCUCUAUUUCCAGGCAGUAACGAAAUUGAUCAACUGUGCAAAAUACAUCACAUACUAGGAUCACCAAGCCUCCAGUUAAUUGCGAGACUGAAGUCAAGGUCGAGAAAUUUUAUAUGUUUUCCAAAAAUUAAAGGUACAGGUUUCUACAAUCUACUGCCUUAUAUAUCUAGAAAUGGACGAAAUAUCAUGAAUCUAAUGGUAGAGUACGACUGGGAGAAAAGAAUUAAUGUCAAACGGUUGCUGAGACAUUGUUAUUUCGACGACAUUAAAGAAAAGCUAGUAUGGGAUGAAAGCGUAAGCAAAAGCACUGGAGACGACAAGGUUAAUGCAAAUGUUGACAGUUUAAUUAAGAAAAAAAUCCUUAAACGAGAACAUUUUAGCGACGAAAUUAGAAACAACAGUUCUAAUCAAAUUGUCAAACCUAAAGUAUCCAGAAAAGUGUGCAUUGAAGAUGCUUCAAAAGCUACAAAUACUUUCUCGACAGGUAGAAGGUCUAAAAAUAGUAGUAAAGGUUCUGAUAGUGACAAAAGUAGUUACCUCAGCAGUAGAAACAGCAUCAAUGAUGUGCCAUACUAUCAUAAAAUAUCUCGCCGUAGUAAUAACAGUAGUAAAGAACUCAAAGUCAGUUCGCUACCACUGGUGGACUAUAAAGUAAGAAGUUCAGCUGAACACAAAAUUAUUCAUCCGAAAGAGCUAUCGAAAAGGGGUCAAAAUUUACUAAAAGCAUCUAGUAACCUAGAAAACAGUAACAAAUAUCUUUUGAAGAAUCCUUAUCAACCAUUUUUCGAAUCAAAAUCAUUUUACAUCCCAAGAAAUUCUGAAGUAAAAACUAAUAAGCAAGAUAAAGAAUGUAAAUUUCAAUAUCGUUUAAGAAAGAACACUUGAC